AUGGAGAACGUCAAUUUUGGUAAUUUAAAGCCAUCUUUGAUCACCAAAGCAGAUACUGCUGAUGUUCUGAACUUUAUUUUUACUGAUUUUAUAUUUAACGAACCGCACGUUGCUGCUGUUAAAUUUGAACCUAAAAAUGCUGCAACAAUUUUUAAAGGAGACUUAAAAGCUGCAAUCAAGUCAAAAUUAUCCCAUGUUUUGAGAAAUCAGAAUAUGAAAAUUGUUGCCUUACGACUGGCCUAUACACUUCAUUGA